GCUACGUUUACCGAAUCAAUCCUCUCCAUUUCUGGAUCAUUUAUUAACAAAUUCCUUCCGUCUCUCUCUUCACCUGACUGCCCAGCCCGUGUGUUUUGAGUAUCAGGAACAAAAAAAAGAGGAGGAGGGAAGGGAAGAAUAAUUCAGGGUUUUGUUUCAGGUGACUACCUCUGUGAUGUCUACAGUAGGAAAUUCUACAAAUAUUUUCUGGCAUGAAUGCGGGGUUGGAAAACCUGACAGGCAGAAGCUGCUAAAUCAGAAGGGAUGUGUUGUAUGGAUUACGGGUCUUAGCGGAGCAGGAAAAAGUACGGUAGCAUGCUCACUAGGUAGAGAACUACACAACAGAGGAAAGCUCACAUACGUGCUUGAUGGUGACAAUGUUAGACAUGGUUUGAACAAGAAUCUUGGGUUUUCAGCGGAAGAUCGUGCAGAAAAUAUACGUAGGGUCGGGGAAGUAGCAAAGCUCUUUUCUGAUGCGGGCUUAAUAUGUAUUGCUAGUUUAAUUUCUCCUUACAGAAAGGAUCGCGAUGCUUGCCGUGCUUUAUUGCAAGAUGAUAAUUUUAUCGAGGUUUUUAUGAAUACGUCUCUAGAAGUUUGUGAGGAAAGGGAUGCAAAAGGCCUCUACAAGCUUGCACGUGCUGGGAAAAUUAAAGGUUUUACAGGGAUAGAUGAUCCAUAUGAACCACCUCUGAAUUGUGAGAAAAGAACAAAUGGAAUCAUCUUGUCAAUCCACGGGAAUGGGAUCCUAGGAACUUGUAAAACAAAAAUAACUUUUUCCUGUACGAGUGUGACACAUACCCAUGUUAUGUCAAUUGUCAAGGCAGUGCAACGUUCAUUCGGAAACACGGUCUCGGUUGCAUUGCGUUCAGAUUUGUUAGGCAUUCUUCUUGCAAUUUCAUAAUUGGAGGGAAUUUGUCUAGUUAACAAAAUCAGUAAUGUACCAAUAAAACGUAUAGCAAGAACAUGAUAAGUUUAUCCCAAGCUAACAUGGGCUAGCGACUAAAUCUACUUGUAGUGCAAAAGGUGAUAUGUUAAUGAUUCGUUUGCUGGAAUGUUCCGAAUCAUUAGUUAACUAAACUAGGAAAUAACACAGGACACUUUCUCAAGUCAAAUUUCUCGCUAGCUAUUUUGUAUCUAUUAAAACCUUCCUAUAUUUUGCAUUAUCUUGUGUUAUUCCUUUUCCUUAUA